ACCAGCCGACCCAUCGCUCAGAGCGAGCCAAACAAGACACCCACCAACCAGCCAAUUUUCAACUCCACGUCGCUCUCCGCAGCUAUGUCGUCAAAGUACCCCGUUGGCCCCACGGAAACAGAGCGGUGCAUCGAGUCGCUGCUGGCUGUUUUCCAGCGCUACGCCGGGAAGGAUGGAAAGCGCACUACCCUCUCCAAACCGGAGUUCCGCACCUUCAUGAACACAGAGUUGGCGUCUUUCUCAAAGAGCCAGAAGGACCCAGGCGUCGUCGACCGCAUGAUGAAGAAACUCGACAUGAAUUCUGACGGAGAACUGGACUUCGGCGAAUUCUUGAACCUCAUUGGAGGGCUGGCGCAAGCCUGCCACACCCAAGUCGUGAGCUCCCCCGUCAGUGUCUGCCCCCCAAGACCGUGACAGCGCCCCGAGGGGCUUCGCGAUCCAAGACCAACACCUUCCCAAACAUUCCAAAACCUAACGCUCAACUUAGGGGCAGAAACCGGCACACAAGGGCAGGUGGCCAUCUUGUGGUUGCUUCUUCUCAAUAAAAAUCCAUAUGCUGAUCCAAAAAGAA